AGUAGCACACCUUAUACAGGGGUUGAUGCGAUGGACCAUGAUCAUUGCAGUGAUAGUGCUAUUUUACAUUCCCGUUUGGGGACAAUAGAAGAGGAUGCUGCUACACAAUCCAAUAGUCAUGAACAACAGUCUGACUUAGAUGACAAUGGAUGCAGAAAUUUUCUUUCCGAAAUAGAGAUUGGAGUUUCAAAUGCUCCCUCACCUUCCCACGGGAAAAGCCAGUUAGACUGUGGCCUUACAGUGUCCCCGUCAAAUAACGAUCCAGUUGAUGUGAUUUCAGAUGCUGAUGAAAGCACAAGUGAGUCUCCAUCAAGUCCCCUGUCCCCAAUUGAAGAGGAUGACUGCCCAAUGGAAGAGGAUGACUACCCAAUGGAAGAGGAUGACGGUUCUUUGGGUACUUAUGAAUUGGGUCAUUGCUCGGGAAAUUUCGAAAUGGAUAAUGUAAAUACGACCGUUGUUCUUUAUCCCGAUUAUGUUGUAUAUGGGGAUAGUUAUUGUACAGGAGCCCAGCAGUUAACUUUCUCUCACAGUUGCAUCAAAAUCAGUGGUUUAGUACCGUCUGAAAGUGACGAAACCUUAAAUUUUGAAUGGGCAGUUGGUGAUGUUGUCAAUGUUGAGUGUCAGUGGGUUCAAAAUGCGGAAUUUGUCAUGAUAAAACUCCGUGUACUAUCAAAGGAUGCAGAUCAAGAUGAUGAUGCACUUGGUAUUUCAGGCAUUGAGGAGUUGAAGAUUGGAGUUGUUGAACCGAACUGGUCACAGCAACAAGAAAGAAUAGCAUGUUUAAAUGAUAAAUAUUUGGAUAUAUUGGAUCCUGUGCAAAUCAUGGAAGCGGGCGAUUCACUUGGCCAGAGGCGUUAUUUCCCAAAUUUUGAUGAGGAUUUUGACACUUUUGUAUAUCCGGAGGGGGAUCCUGAUUCCGUUACCAUCAGUAGGAGAGAUGUUGAUCUCUUACAGCCAGAGAUAUUUAUUAACGAUACAUUGAUCGACUUCUAUAUCAAGUAUUUGGAAAAUCAGAUUCAACCAGACGAAAAGCACAGGUUCUACUUUUUCAAUAGUUUUUUCUUCCGAAAGCUGGUUGACCUGGACAAGGAUCCAUCCAGUGUUGCUGGUGGCAGGGCUGCUUUCCAACGUGUCCGGAAAUGGACAAGGAAAGUCGAUUUGUUUGAAAAGGAUUACAUCUUCAUCCCUGUAAACUUCAAUCUACACUGGACUCUGAUUGUUAUAUGUCAUCCUGGUGAAGUGGCUAGAUCUAACGUUAGAGACUCAGGCAAGGCAGUUAAAGUACCUUGUAUAUUGCACUUGGAUUCCCUCAAAGGAAGUCAUACAGGUCUCAAAAAUCAUGUUCAGAGUUAUUUGUGGGAAGAGUGGAAAGAAAAGAAAAAGGAGACAUCGGAAGAAAUCUCAUCAAACUUCCACAACCUGCGGUUCCUCUCACUGGAGCUGCCACAACAGGAAAAUACAUAUGAUUGUGGCCUGUUUUUGCUUCACUAUCUAGAGCUGUUUCUGGAAGAAGCUCCUGCUAUCUUCAAUCCAUUCCAUAUAAAUAAGUUCUCCACCUUUCUAAAUGCAAAUUGGUUUCGUCCUUCAGAGGCUUCUCUCAAGCGCACUCUUAUCCAGAGAUUAAUUUUUGAACUCAUUGAAAAUCGUUAUCGGGAAGUCUGUUUGCCAGCUUGCAGUGAUGUAGUGCAGGCUAAAUAUCCAGGAUGUAACCAGCUUGAAAUUGGUGCGGAGUUUCUUUCUGGAAGAUCCAGUCCUGCAGUUGCUUGCCAAGCAAAUAUAUCUAUAUCUAACUCUCAAGAAGAACACGGAAUCGAAAUGACUCUGUUACCCACAUCUUCACUUAGGAGUUCUGAGUGCGUUAGUGAUGCAGGCCUGGUUCUCAGGGAAUUUUUUCAGUCAGGAGAAGCUGCAGGUUCACUAUUUGGACAAUAUCAGUCUUUUGAACAUAAAUCUCCUUUUUACCAUCCCAAUGGAGCUAAACCACAAUUAGAGGAAGAAACCCAAACUGGAGAGCAGUUUACCUAUCUUGCUACAGGAGACGGUAGCUUUCAAGAAAUAUCUGAAAUUACAUCUCAAACUUGUGGCAUUCAACGCUCUUCGAAAUCUUUUGGAGCCGAGAUUUCGUAUAACUUGGAGACGUCUGAAAAGGCACCAAAUGGAAACAUUGAAGCAUCCCCUGACAGAUCAAUUGCCUCUGAUCAUUCCGAAGGCAUAGAGAUCAUUGAAAAUGGUGAUCAUUCUAAAGCCAUACAGAUCAUUGAAGAUGAUGCGGUUGGAGAAGAUUUGGGUCCAAGCCAGAAUGGAGAAAUGGACGUACAGAAUUAUCCAUCAUUGCAAAGUGUCAGGUGUGUGGUAGAUAGCCUUGUUUCUGUUUUGGGUGAGAUGCAGAGUGGUUUCUUGAUUGAAGAAGGUUCGCAGGAGCAUGGAGAGGUCCAUGAUGGACAUGAAAUUGGAGGUCCAAGUCGGAGAGAAGAAGGGGAUGUACCAACUUAUCCAUCAACAGAAAAUGCCGAGUGUUUAGCAGACGGCCUUGUAUCUGGUUCAGGUGAUAUGCAGAGCACUUCUGUUAUUGAAGAAAGCUCUCUGGACCAAAAAGAGGUGCAUGUUGGAAAUGAAAAUAGAGGUUCACUUCCCUCAUCCCAAGAAAUUUCUGAUAUGCCAAUUCAGGAAGAUGUUGACAUGGUGGGUAAUGGUGCAAUCUCAUGUGAUAAUGGUUUUGUGGGUGAGUCACAAGAGCCUGAGUCAGAAGAGCAACGAGCUGCAAAAAGAAUGAGGCUUACACCUCCUGAUGAAGGGGAAAAAUGUCUCGCUUGAAACCUUCAUGAGGAUUCAAAUUUAGUGAGGCCAUCGACGAUUUGUUUCUAUGUCAAGUAGAUGUUUGUGCAUAAGUAUUUGAUAGGUUAUUUUUGAACACUGUGAAUAGUCAGGUCAGAUGGUGGCACCAAGGGUGUUAGUGUUGUCACCUGGGCAAGGGAGGAAAUUGAAUAGGAAGAAUGUGUUUUGAAAUUUUAGCCACAAUCUACAACAUUUCCUUUGACCGAGUGAAACCCCAAUCCAAGUAUGAAAAUUAACCAUUUUUGUUUGUCCGAUUGAACGGGGUCGCCGCUCUCGGAUGACACCUAUUUAAGUAUUUAGGGUUUUAUGUCCAAGUUCGUUUAGGAGGAUACAAUGUAGAACUAACAUUAUUAAUAUCAGAAUUCUAAUUCUGUAAAAUCUAUGUGUAGUAUGCUUGAAGUCUUCUUCAAU